AUGCUAAAACUGAUAAUUUUCUUCACAAUCGUAUCAUCGGGUUUCUGUGGUAAAUUGAGUGCGGAAUUCGAUGCAGAACGUGCUGAAAUGUGUGGAAAAUCUUUGACUCCAGAGAAACCAAGUUCCAACCCUCAUGAUGAUAAAGUACCAUGGGGAAUGGCCAUCAACUAUGUCCGUGGGAGAGACAACGGAACGGAAUAUUAUGGAAGUUCUAUUCUGGUUUCUGCUCGUCAUGUUAUUGCUCCUGGAUUUAUGGCUAUUAGAGAAACGGACAAUACAUUUAAACAAUGGGUAUGGGCAGAUGAAACAACAGUAGAUUUUGCGGCAUGCCAGGAAAAUAAAAUGGCAAUUCCUAAAAAGGCCCUGAAGAAACUAAAAAUUUGGAUCAGCAUUUGUCAAGACGUGGAACAGUGCGGAAUGCAUAUUGCACGUUCUGUUAUCCAAGGAUGGUAUCUGGGAAACUGUCAACCGGGAGAGGUGCCAUUUGGAAUACUUCUUCUUGAAAUCAGUUCAAAUGUUCCACAAAAUGAGCCAUUCUUUGUUCCGGUCUGCCUUCCAGCCGAAAAGAAACCAUUGUUUAUCGGAGACGCCGUUCACUUUGAUUCGUUGGAUGUUAAAAACGGAAAAGCCUUUAUCACUGCGAUUCCUGCUAAAAUUCAAAAGUGCGGAGCCAACAUCGGAAGAUUUGUUCAAUCUGUUUGUGCGACACGUGGAUCUUGUGUUGAAGGAAGAGCAGGAACUCUUGUGAAAAAGAUAGAUGGACGAGAAACGGGCGUUGCCGUUUUGUAUUCUUUCGAAGCGGGCUGCACGAAUGAUCAUUAUGUGUCAAUUGGAUUUUUUAAAGAUGAGCUUUGUUCCCUCGCUGGGAUCUCCGAAGGCCAUUUGAAUGACGAUUUGUCUCCUUGGACUGUUCGCUUACGACUCCAACAAUCCUUCGUUUCUGCAUCUUUGAUUUCGAAGCGACACGUAAUGACAUCAUUUCCGGCUCUAAUAGAGACAGAAUUGAUAAAAGGACGAUGGAGAGAACAUACAUGGGAAACGGAUAGAUCAGAAGUCAGUUUUAAAACCUGUAUGGAUGGAGUGAUGGAAGUUCCCAAGGGCUCACUCAAAGUAGAUUUUCAAGCAUGUAAUAUCCAUUAUCGGUGUCCUUGGAUUCCUGGAAUUCCAGUCAAAUCGAUUCAUUUCAUUGGAUCAUCAUGCAUAUUUUUCUAUGAACUCAUUAAUGAUCUCAUUCUUAUCGAAUUGGAAAAAGAUAUCCCUGAUGAUUUAUAUCAUUUCACCCCAAUUUGUCUCGUCAAUACAUCAAUCAAUUCGGAAAAGAUCGGUGUUGAAAGUUGUAACACCUCAAUUAGCAAUAUUAUAUGCGCAGAUUUGGAUGUGUGCUUGACGUCACGUGGCGCUGGCCUACUGAAAAAAUCGAAUGACAGAAAUACGGUGGUUGCAUUUUCGGGGUAUUAUGAGGAUAAAUGCAACAGGCAAACGUUCAUUCCUGUUGCGACGCACAAGAAAAAAAUAUGUGAAUUGAGUGGAAUUUGCAAAAAAACAUCGACUGAUCUGUUCACUCCUAAUUCAAGAUUCCCACCGAUCAUGUUGACAUAUGAAUUCAAUAAACUAUCAUCUGAGGAAAAUGAGGAAAAUGCAAAGACUUGUGGAAAACCAUCCAAUCCUGAUUCUAAACUGGAAAGUGAGUUGAGCCCAUGGACCGUCACCUUAAAAGUGGAAAACGCACCCACGGGGAAUACAACCAGUCAAAUCUGGACAUCUUCAACAUUGAUUUCAAAACGGCACGUUGUAGUGGCAGCAUUUGCGUUAAUGAAUGGAAAAGAAGGUGACUGGAAUACUGUUCGAUGGGUUCCAGACGAUACAAAAGUAGACAUGUCAAAGUGUAGAAAUAAUGUAAUGGAGAUACCAGUCGAGUAUAUGAGAAAGACAAAAGUAUUCACGAGUCCAUGCAUUGAUCAGCAUCAGUGUACAACUGGGUUAUAUCGCUUUGUGAAAUCGGCCGUCUAUUUUGGAGUUUGUGAGUCCGAUCAAAUGGCAUUUGGUGUUAUUCUUCUUGAAGUUUGGGGAGAUGUCCCGCCGCGUAGUCUUCCAAACACCAUUCCCAUUUGUCUUACCAUAAAAUGUAAUGACACUAGAAAAUAUUACAACAAGAUAUGUUUCACUCGUCCUACUUGUUCGAAGUACUCUGCUGGAGGACUUCUGAGAAAAGAAAACGGAAAGCAGAAACUGAUCGGAAUAAUGUAUUAUCACUCACCAGACUGCAAGGAAAAUAAUGCGGUAUCAAUUGAGGUCUUGGCUGAUCUUUUCUGUGUCUAUGCUGGAAUUUGUAAAGUGGCGACAAAAGAGCAACCCAAAAAGGAAAAGCUAGUACAGCUUUCAGAAGGUCAAGAUGGUACUGCUGCUCCGUCUUUCUCGAUGUAUAUGUUUUCUGGAGUUUUAAUUCUAUUGGCUAUUUUGAUUCUAUUGGCGAUAUUAUGUUGA